AUGCCACGCGACUUUCGCUAUGCCGUCGCGCUCGAACUUCCCGACGCCAGCGAAGGACCAAGGACGCCUAUAAACCUAAUUCCAGAACAUGACGGCUUUCCCCAAAUUCCUUCGCCUCCCAGACCCCGUCUCAAAGUCAAGAGACGCACCACUUCGAACCAGCUCGCUGCGUCACAGCAAUUCCUGGCUUCCGUAGCAGCAGCAGACCUCGCCAUCCCCAGUAUCGAAGAGCCAGAGUCAGACCCAGAGGACUUUACCAUGCGUCCCUUCUCUCCAGAACCCCAUCAAGACUCCCUGUCUUUGCAAAUCCCCCGGGCCAGGGCGUAUUCAGACGCAGGACCAAAGACACCAGUACCAACCACCAUGGCGCUACCAGCAUUAACACCCCGUCGAUACCCGGAUUGGACCCUUGGUUCAACCAGUAGCUUCGAGUCAACACCUGAAGAGGAUGACGACGACAUAAGCAGGCCAUCAACGUCCCAGUCCACCCAGACCAGCGACUCCUUUCCGAGCCAAUGGUCUCAACUCUCCGGAGACGACGAAACCGACGAAUGCGACCUUGAAAUCGCCUCCCUCGACGGGAAGGAGGACACUCUACAUGAUUUCGGCACGGCAGGUCUUCUUGACCUUGACGAACCAACCGAGACCCUGCAACCAUUAUCCACCACCACCCCCACCACCCCCAAGGAAGCCAACCUCCAAUCGAAAUUACCGAGAAAGAAAGUCCCCUGGACCAAGCCGAUGAACGACCACCUCUGGUCUUACUACUCCCUCUACCUGCAAGACCCCAAAGUCACGCCGUUUCGCAUGGGCAAGAACUGCAUUCCACCGGAAGGAGUGUGCGCACGAGUUGCCCGCGAAGCCGUUCGCACCUGGCGGGGGUCGAAAGCGCAAAGGAGCACUGCCGGUGGGAGCGCCGAGGGGGCCGGGACGUUCAUGUGCUGGCCGCAUACGCAAGCAGCCACGAGGGCACAGCUAAGGGAGUUAUGCCGUCAAAAGGCGGCAGCGGCAGCUAAGAACCACCGCUUCCUCUCUCGAAGCGUAACUCCGAUGCAAUCUGUCCAGACGCCCAGGGCGGAGCGGCCGUUUGCGACAGGGGACAUGUCCAUGUCUCUUACGUUGUCCACAUCUGAGCACAUGCAGCCACAAGGGCCAUUGGCACAGUUGACGAGAUCAAGUCUAAGCAUCUUUGAAGCUCUACAACCCAUUCCCAUCCCACAACGGCAGCCACAUGACGCAGAUCAGGAACCUUUACGGGGCCGUCUUGGCUCUCCAUUAUUCGGCCCCUUCCCCAGAUCCGCUGGACAAGCAGACCUUGACGACCCUGAACCAGCCCAACCGCGAAGCUAUGGUCCUUCCUCGUCAGCCUCCCUUGCCGCCGCAAUCGGCGCAAUCACCACUCGCAAAAGGGGCCAGACGAUUUCCCAUUCCCUCCCGGGUCAACAUAGCCGGCCGACAACAGGCAGACUCCAAAGCCCCGUAAGACUCAGCCGAUCCAGUGCGCCUGCAGCAGCAGCAGCAGUAGACUCCAGGCCAAAGGUAGAAGAGGGCACCACCACCUCCAGCACUACCAGAGGCCGAAGUUCAACCGAAUUCAGUUCAACAUUAGGCCACCGAUUUGACGACUUGUUUAUCCCAAGGUCUACUUCCACCGGUGCCGAUCUCGCUGCUGCUCCAACCCCAUCUGAGCCACAGGCACAGGGCCUCCCCAGCUCCAUCAGCAUGCCAGCAAUCCUCGGCUUUACUCCCUUCCAUGUCGCCCCACCUCCACAGGAAGAAUCCAAUGCCCAACCACCUGCCAGGCUGGGAUCGCCGUUGAGCUUUACCUCUACCUUCUCUGCUACUCGCCACAGCCACAUCCGAAGACCGGGACACGGACAGAGUGUAGAUCUGGGGAUGCUUGGUCGUGGACCAGCUGCGAUGAUGCAGCAGGCUAUGAAUCAAGGGCAGAUGCGUGGCGGGAGGCGGAGCCAGGAGUCGAUCAGUGAGCUCCAGAGACCCCGACCAGAGGCUAGCAGGACCAACAGUACUGGAAGUGGAAGUGCAAGUGGAAGUGGCAGCGGAAGCGAGACAACAAGAGGUGGGAGGAUGGCGGAUUUGAGGCAGCGGUUAAGGGAGUUUAGCAGACGGAGGGGUGGGGAGGGCGGGAGGAGGAGGUCUGGGAGUCCGUUUUAA